CCCUUUGGGUGCCGGUGUGGGGAGGGCAGGGUCCAGCCCCGGCAGCCUCCGGGGGCUCGGGCGCCGCAGCAGUGAUUGGAAUGCAACAGGGAACACGUUCUCCUGCCGGUUGUGCUCGGCUGCGCGUUGUGCACCGGCGCCAGGCGCUGGCUGCGGGGGGAUGCUACAGCCAUGACACCGCUCCCGGGUGCUCCCGGCGGCUCCGUGCAUCCCACCUUCAUCCCGGCCCGCGGCGGAGCCGCGGCCGGCUCGCUGGGGAACGCGGUGCUCGGGGCCGUGUCCCGGGAGGACGGUGCGUGGUGCCGCUGAUCCCUCCCAGCGGCUGACCAUGUUCAACGGGGAUGCGGCCGCCGGCGCAGGCAGGAGCGUGGUGCGCAGCUCCAGCAUCAGCGGCGAGAUGUACAGCAUGGAGAAGAGCGCGCGGGGCAGCGCCGACUCUGUCACUGCCGUCACCGCCAGCAAGAAGCGGCGCUCCAGCCUCGGCGCCAAGAUGGUGGCGAUCGUGGGGCUGUCCCAGUGGAGCAAGAGCACGCUGCAGCUCAACCAGACCGAGGGUGGUCCCAAAAAGCUGCGCAGCAACAUCCGGAGGAGCACGGAGACCGGCAUCGCGGUGGAGAUGAGGACCAGGAUCACCCGGCAGGGCAGCCGGGAGUCCACCGACGGCAGCACCAACAGCAACAGCUCCGAUGGCACGUUCAUUUUCCCCACGACCCGGCUGGGUGCUGAGAGCCAGUUCAGUGACUUCCUGGAUGGGCUGGGGCCGGGCCAGCUGGUGGGACGGCAGACGCUGGCCACGCCACCCAUGGGUGAUGUCCACGUUGGCAUGGCUGACCGCAACGGGCAGCUGGAGGUGGAGGUGAUCCAGGCGAGGGGACUUAUCCCAAAGAUGGGCUCCAAGUCCAUCCCUGCCACCUACGUGAAGGUUUACCUGUUGGAGAACGGCAUCUGCCUGGCCAAGAAGAAGACCAAGGUUGUGAAGAAAACCUGCGACCCGUCAUACCAGCAGCCUCUGCUCUUCGAGGAGAGCCCCCAGGGCAAAGUCCUGCAGGUGAUCGUCUGGGGUGACUACGGGCGCAUGGACCACAAGUGCUUCAUGGGGAUGGCGCAGAUCAUCCUGGAGGAGCUGGAUCUCUCCAGCGCAGUUGCGGGCUGGUACAAACUCUUCCCCACCUCCUCGCUGGCCGACUCCAGCAUCGGUCCCCUGACGCGCCGCCUCUCCCAGUCCUCCCUGGAGAGCUCCACCAGCCCCUCCUGCCCCUAGGGGCCGGUUGGUGGGAGAGGCUGGGAGGGGAAAGGAGCCCCCUGACCCACCAGAACUGUUCGUGGAUGGCUGUAAAUAUCCUGUUCCUUCCUCCCCCUUUUUUCUUUCUUUCUUUUCCACCCUCCCUCCCUGCUCUCCACAUGCUCCUCCCCGAGCACAUCCAGGAGAGGGAUGAGGGCCGAAUGCUUUGAGGCAGGGGGAAGAAGAAGCAAACCCCCCCCCCAAGAGGCGGACCAAGGGCCGCAACUGCCGCCCGAUCCCAAGACUGUUACUGCACCUCGUCCUGUUGGACAGGAUUCAAAGCGACGUGGUUCUCUCCUGCCCACCCAGCGGGAGCAUCUCGGGCCGCUCCAUCCAGCGCCGCUGGAGCAGUGCAGUGAUGGGGUUUCUUUUCCUUGGAUUCCAUUCCCUGCCUCGGAGGCAAAGCUUUUCAAAGAGGAAAAGAACCACUCGGAAAGAAAUCCAGCUCAGCACUACUUUUGUUUUCCAAGGAAUGUAGCAUCUUCUAUUAUGUAGCUUGCCACGUGCUGACACACACUCACUUCUCUGCAAUAUCCAAGAGGCUCCGGACUGACCAGAAACAUCUGCCAGUCACUUCCCGUUUGUUCGUUUUCCAACAUGAAUCCCGCAACACAAACAAGCACUUCUGUGGCCACUUUGCUUUAUUUCUAAUUGUUUCGUUCCUGGUAGCAUGUAGCCUGUGACCAGUGACAUUGCCAAAGCAAGGGAGAAGAGAAGGUGCACUCACCUCACCUGAGCGUACGCUGGUUUUCUCCUCGUGUUUCACCACUGACCAUGGUCUUGCAUGGCCAAAGCAAGACCUAAACUAUAAACUCUGUGAUGCCUCACGUGAAAAUUCGAGUCAGGAGUAGGUGACCCAAUGGAGCGGGAGUUCUGUGAUGAUGGUCGAUCGUCUGCCUCCCAGCCCCUUCCUCCUGCGAGGUCUGGAAUGCUGUCGUUGGGUCCAGGAUGUUCUCCUUGGCUCUGGGAUGCUGCCCUCGGUCCGGGAUGCUCUCCUUGGCUCUGGGAUGCUCCUCUUGGGUCCAGGAUGCCCUCCUCAACACUCGAAUUCCAAGUAGGAGCCAAGGGUUUGCCAGACCCUGGGGCAGGCCACCCCUUUCUCUAACUCUCAACUUGUUGGUACGCUACAGGGGAACAUCUCAACAGCAUCUUCUGCUGAUCUGGAAUUAGGGUGACUGAGAGGUUACGAACAACGGACUAGAUGCUUGGAACCCGGGAUCAGGAUGAGCGUUUGGGGUUCUUUCUGUUUGUAUGUUUUGUUUGUUUGUUUUUAAGCAGCAUUUUGGUUCCCUCCGAGGGACCGGUUCUUGUAGCAAAACCGAGAAUUCCGGAAGCUUUUUUUGAAGGUGCCUAAUGAAAUUUGCUGAAAAUACUCAGGGGAGACACCACUAAAAACUCUGGUUUCUUCAUAAAAUCCCUUAACGCAAGCACUGGCCUGAAGGAUCAGUUUCCAAAAGAGAAAAAAACCCAACACACCAAAAGAGGAGCAGUCCUGAGACUGGAAGAGAACAAAAGGUUAAUGGGGAAUUUCUGCCAACCCGGUGGCUCUGACCUUCAGCCUGUACCACGACUCAACCCUCAGCACAGCUGGGAUUUUUUACAGUUCUUUAUUGGCAAAGCAGAGGGUUUCCCAAUGCACAGAGCACAACAACCCCAACCCGUGGUUCUCCUGGUGACACCAGGGCCCAUGAACCAGCUCGAACCUGUUGCCACAACGGAACAAAACCAAACCUGAAGGGAAAGACUGUUGUGAUGGAGGUGAUGGAGCUGUCCCCUCUGCAAACCCAGCCUGGGGUCAGCAGAACACCACUGCUUGGUGGCUGGUUUACCCAACCCACCACAGAUUCAAGCUGCUAUCGCGGACUUUGGAUCUUUACCAAUUCGAAAUCACUGCAGACCUCUCAGGAGAGAGGAGGCUGGAUGAUGCUGAUGGGGGGGAAGGAGAGGAGUCGGCUUCAGGCUCCCAGCAGAUUCAGUCCUCAUCUGCUAGAGCAGAAAGCGCUCGGAGCAGGACAGUCGGGUGGCUGAGCUCUGAGGUACAGGACCGCAGGACGCACCAACAGCCUCGAGAGGUUUGAGGAAGCAAAUGCAGUGCCCUGGCGACUGCAAAGGGAACAAACAAAGGAUUGAACAUGACGUUCCUGCCAGAGCACGAAGCAGCUACAUGAGGUCAGCAGUGCCUGGAUGAGGCUAAACCCUCUCUGCCCCGCUGUGCUGGGUUUUGAAUAUAUGUGAGGGAAGGCAUCCUAAUAGGCAAAGCUUUCUGCUCCUUCAAGCUAACGUUACUUGCUUUUGCUUUACCAACUCUAUUUCAGUGGAAAAACCUGCCUGUGGCAGGAUAACAACCGUGUCCUGGGGAAGUGGAACAGCAGCAUGGGCAGAGCAGGGAGCUCUGCGGGCAUUUUCUGCUCACUGGUGUGGAUGCAGCAUCCCACCCCCUUCCCCUUCCAUUUGGAGCUCGCUGCCUGUGAAUCCCUCCAGCGAGCCGCAGAGCCUUAGUGCUCCUCUCAGCAAGCAACAUAGAAUCAUGGAAUGGUUUGUGUUGGAAGGGACCUUAAAGCUCAUCCAGUUCCAACCCCCUGCCUUGGGCAGGGACACCUUCCACUAGAGCAGGUUGCUCAAUACAUAAUGCUUUUCUGGAGAUAGAGAACAGAAACAGAUGAAGAGCAGCAGGAACAGCAGAAUGGGAGGUGCCUGAGGUCCAGCAACCUCAGGCUCACUGUUUCUGUACCAGCUGGAAAAAACCCGCCCUUGCUGGAACAGGCAAAAUCCAUAGGAAAGAACAUUCUGGAAAAUACGCCAGGGAACAGGGAAACCCAAAUACUUUGGCUUAUGUUGUAUCAUCAGCACACUGAGGAUGCACUGGCAGAUGACAGCACAGCUCCAUCAGAGCAACCUGGGCCCUGGCUCUUUUCCAGUGGUGUGUCCUCACUUGCUGCAACACGAUGGCUUUGUGGGAACAACAACUCCUGCUCGUGGAGAGACUGCCGAGGUGGAGCCACCGUCCCAGUGGCCUCACGUGGUUGUCACUUACUCACUACACCGGAGUCCGUCAAGACCUUUGUUUCUUCACUUCCAGCACCGUGUGUCCAGUCCCCUGGGAGCUGGAACUCGCUUUGCUGGGGAAGCACCUUCCACUUGUGUGGAAAAACUGAAACAGAAGAAGAGCUGGGAGCGAGCCACGUUCACAUCCCCACAUCAGCUCCUCCCGUUCCUCGAUCCCUGAGACCACGUGCCAGAUGUUCUCCCUCCUCGAACAACAAGCCCAGACACGCAGUCGCUUUCUACAUGGACACAGCAGAAACCCCACAAGCUGCUGGACUCCAGGUUGUUUUCUGGGGGGAUGUUUUAUUGCAAAGGGCGUUUUUUUAACGGUCUCUAUCAUUCGCAGAAGGCGGCUGCGCUGACGACGUGUGAGGCGUUAGAUUAUUUCCUCUCUUUCCUCCAUCGUGAAAGGAAAUUCAAACUAUUUGACUUUCCAGAUAUUUUCCCCUAGAAAGAGUAAUUCAGAUUAAACUGAAUCAGCUUUGCAACCUGUUUUAUACCCAGCACCAAGUGAGGAGCAGGUAGCACUCACCUGAGACAAGACCUUACCAUAGCACUGCUGACAGGAGAUGCCGGUGUCAGAAUCAAGGCACCCAACUUGAGUAACAAGGAUGGAUUUUGCCAAAACUGCCUUGAAAUGAUACUUAAACAUCCCUUAAAUGCUAGAAACAAAAAAUCACAGCCACACAGCAAAGCACAGAGAGCACUACGUGGUUUCAUGCCCAGGCCUGACUUAUUCCUGGGUUUUCUACGAGCCUGGAAUGGGCUUUAUUUGCCAAAGUUGAGUGAAAAUUUUCUAGGACAUCAGAUGGUGGGCUCGGAAAUUAGCUCCUCUUUCAUCAAUGUCAGAACACGUUGAAAGCACUGUACCACUGUACCACGGGAGGGAGAGGACGCUUAGACAUAGUUUUCCUGAAAUCCAGUGAGACCUGAACCAAUUCUUGGCCAGCAAUCAGAAAACCAACCUGGCUUUGGAAAAUGCCACAGAGUAACUGCCACAGUGGGAAGGGUUCCCACCACAACCACCUCCAGCUCUUAAAAUCUGGUCUCCAGAAGCAGUUGGAGAUGUAGCUCCUGAUUACAAAUAUGAGACCAGAAAUUCCUGCAGGCAUGGAUCAGGAUUCCCUUCGCUGGUAGGGAAUCACUGCUCAGCAUCUUACACAGCUGCUCCUGCAGCGGUGAGUCUUGGAAAGUCCAGCCUGUGUCUGCACGUGUUUGUGCAGUUUGGUGCCCAUGAAAGGAGUUAACACAGUGAAACACCGUCACUUGUUCAGGUGGGCUUGCAAAUACCCGGCAGCAGUGAGUAGAGUUUAAGGGUGUUUCCUGAUACAAGGCCAUUUAUAAAACAGCAACGGUGACGGGUUAUCAGGCAUAAAGAUUCCACCUUCCAGUUUCUUCCAGUUGACUCAGACACUUCUUCCCAGCUUGAUGUGAAAUGCUUGGACAAUGCAAGUCCAUAAACCUCCUUGAAGGAGUCCAUUUGGUUACUGACUUGGAAAACCACUGCAUUUUAAAGGUCAAGGAACAGUUUUCAGGCAUAGUGCUUGUCAAUGACUGAAUUCACAGUCUAGAUGUGCUUUGCAUCACAGACAGAAAAAGAUAUUAAGAAGUCUCCUUGCUUUCCUUUGGGUUCUUGUGCCUCCAGACAGAGCUAUAAAACUACCUUUGGUAAGAGCAAGGUUUGCAUCCCAUGAUGUGCCAAAGGCAUGAUGGCCCAUUCCAAAGUUUCUCCAGUAAAGCUGUUUCAACUGGAAGUCUUCCUCCUACUUCAUGUUCACCAGAAAACACCCCAACCCUUGACUGGUUGUUAGAGGUGCAAGAGUUAUGGUUGUGAGCUAAAAAGAAGGUUGAAAGGCUGUAGAAGAGACUUGCUGGGGGGGGAAAGAAGUGCCUGCAAUGAGCAUGGUUGGAAUUGGUGGGGUAAUGAUGUGUUAUAACAAGCUGAAGUUACCCAAAAGAGACUGGGUGACCAGAUGCGACACUCACCUCAACCGAGCUGGUCCGUAUUUGGGGAAGAUCAAGGUUUUAGAAGCAGACUUGGAAAGAGGUAAAGAGCCUCAGUGUGUGUCUCACUGUCCAAAUAACCGCCACACUGUUGAACCCCGACCCUCUGCCCCGGGCACAGCCACCAGGACACAGCACAGGAGCAUCUGGGAACCCAGGAGAAAGCAGCUCCCUGCAGCAGCUGCCACCGAGCCCCAAGAGCUGGUGCGACCGCUGUGCCUGGGUCACCGAUCAGUGCUAUACCUCAUUCUUUUGGUUGUUCUUUUGUUCUCUUCCCUCCUUUUUCUCUUUUUUUUUUUUUAAGAACCAGAGCUUAGUGCACUCGAUCACAUUCAGGUUAUUUUUUGUUGUAACUGUGCAAUGAAGAGCAAUCAUACAAGGUGUGCUUGUACCACCUGCCCCAUGCUGGCUCCUGCGAGCCCAACCUCCGCUUCAUCCAGCACUUGCACUAUUGAUUGCUGAGCUAAAGGGCAAGGGAAGCAAGAGGCCAGAGUGGGAGGGAUGAUUCCAUGGACAGCGGGUGCCCCUCUUUCAUCUCUCCCGUUACAAAGCCCGUAGAUAAAACGGCGCUCCAAAGGCUGGUUGCAGUCCUGCUCCCCUGCAGUCCUUCCCUCCCAUGAAGGGCCGGUGAGGUGACAAGCAUCUCAGAUGUGACAAGCUGAGGCCAGUGCUGCUGCUCCUGGAGGGGCACCAAGCCCUCAUGAAGCCUUUGCCUGCAGUGUGCAUGGAGAGGGACCCUCGGAAGCAGGCAGAAGGGGCAUCCCGCCAGUGGGAGCACAGUGGGAGCCGUGGAGUGACGCGUGGUGUCCGAUGGAGCAGCGCUGCCCUCCUCGUACCCGACCGCCGGGGACCUGCCGCGGACGCCUCUCGAAUGUUCGCACUUUGAAGUUGGUGGCCUUGUUUUCUUUAAAGGGCUUGAUCUUUUCAUGCAGUUAAAGCUAAAUAACCUUCCCCAUCAUGUUGUCCUAGUCCCCAGCUCGAAAUUAAGCUACGAACAAGCACCAGGAUCAUCUGAGAGAUGAUCUGGGACUCAAGAAUCUGUCAUUAAUCUCAGAAGUUUAUACCUCAGAUAGGAAACCACACAACUGACUAGUACCAACACUUGGGAAAGUGGCAGCUCCAAGUCUGAAUUGAAGUUUGUCCUUGAAUUUGAUUACUGACAGCACCAGACAAAUAACACCCCAAACCCACAGAAGCACACAGAGAAAAGCACUGAGGAAUUUUUUAGAAGCACCUGAAGCAUUCACCCAAUCAAAAUAAUCAGAAUUUGUAUUCCCAAACAAGACAAGGGAGGGAUGAUUUUAACCUUUUAACCUUACAAAUCUUUAAACACAGCCUAUACUUUUGAAACUGCAUUAGCCCCCUAAAAAGAAUGAGGGGGCAUAAACAGGUCUGAGAUUGUUAAAGGCACAAGGCAGUGAGAUGCACCCAGGACAACCAGGAGAGGCAGACACCUCUAACCACAGCCCUUCUCCAGGCAGCUGCUUCAGAGCUAAAAGGACAGGGGUGCAUCACACAGAGCGCUACAACCAAGCAAGGACACGGGGUUCUAUGCUACUUCACACCUUCCAUCCUAAAGUCCCCCCAAAGAGAGUCCUGCUGGGUUGGGAAGUCGUCAGAACUCCAUUAGCCACGAGUCAGUUGCUAUCAAGAGCUUAACCUUCAGUCUGUAGUGGAAAAGGUAGCAGACGUCUCACCGCUCAAGUGGCACGCAUCAACCUCGCGUCUUUCUGUGUGUAUCCAUCACCCAGGGGGAAAAGCAGAGUCAGGUGCAGGACAGGCACAGGACUGACACUCACCCCGGGUAGCUUCUGCUGGAAGCCAGGAUGUCACCACGUUACUGAACACCUCCGGCUGCCCUCACUGGCCCACUCAUGUUUUGUGAUAAACUUUGCUUUGAUGACAGAUUCGUUCCAUUUAACAACUCCACCUUCAAAUACCCGCCACAGAGGGGUGGACUAGGUACUAAGCCCCAGUUCCAUGUUCAAGACAAGGGGAUGGGCUUGUGAUGGAUACUUGAGAAUGGGAAUAGAUUUAAGAAGCAAAUGGCAAUUUUAUACUUGUGUUCUGUAAUGUUUUAUAUGUGCGUGGUCUUUCUUAAUGUAAAACUCUUGUAUUUUUGUGGUUUAUAUGCAGCAGGACUGAGGGCUGUGAGGGUGCACGCUAUUUUGUAGAAUAUUCUUAGCCAGUUUUCCCCAAGGAGGGAAACACUGAAGUAUUCACCUUUUCAUUGGCUUGUACCUGCAUGUACAGUAUCGGGGCAGCAAGUGAAGAUGAUUAAAGCCAGCUUGAAAACUUU